AUGAUUUACAACUGGUCACCUGCCAUCACGAUCCCGACUCUGGUCGGGAGCGCCUCAUCUUUCAUUGCGACGGGUAUGGUUAUAGUGCUUUGGAUACUUUCAAAAGAGAAGAGUAAUCUUCGCUAUUCGCUCAUUAUGAAUCUAACGUUUGCUGAGUUCAUCAACUCAUUGAAUAAUUCCGUCUCGGGACUCUACGUGGCAGCGACUCAACACACCGUUCCGCCCGGAAACGCAUGCCGCGCAAAUGGCUGGAUAGGCCAAGUGUCGGUGCAGGCUGCCGACUUUUCGAUUCUUGCAAUCGCCUUCGCAACGCUCUUGACUAUAGACCGCAGAAGCCUCGCAGAUCCGCCGACAAAAACAAAGUACAUCAUUUGCCUGUGCGUAUGGAUCAUACCACUCAUCACUGGAAGUGUUGCUCUUGGCAUGGACAAGAUGGCACCCGUGAGUGGCAACUGGUGCUGGAUUAGUAGCGACCCACGCAGCCUCCGCUAUCUCCUCGGUCACGGCUGGCGCUUCGCCAUCUUCAUGGCGACAACUGUCAUCUACGUUUCCAUAUUUAGAAGUCUAGGAGAACAUUUGCGGGCCCGGAAGCAAUUCAGCUCGAAAGCCCACUACUCCUUUUACCCUGGAAGCCUCAACUCGGCCAUCGAGGCUAGUCUGCGCACCACCAAUAAAACCAUGGUCAAGAAACCCGAGGCCGCGAAAUUAGUUGCGAACGGCCAGGAACCACUCAAGGACGAAAAGCUCUGGGAUAUUUCAGAUGAAGAGGAUCAAGGUCGCAGUUCGGAUGACGAGAAGGAGGACAUAGAAAUGCGUCCCCUACGACGUAAAGCGUCUGGCACCUCGGCCAGCAAAGACGCCCAGUCCGGUACCAGUCUGAGGCCCCGUGUACGGGUUCACCAUAGCUCGAAACUGGACCAAGAGAUGUGGCAGUGGUUUCUCAUGGUUCUGUAUCCCCUGACGUACAUCCUUCUAUGGAUUCCCGGCAUCGCGAACCGCAUGGCUGAGUUGACCGGUCAUAACUACGGCUGGCUCACCAUAUUGCAGGCCUCGACGCAGUUUACGGGGAUUGUCAACGCCAUGAUCUACGGGUUCCGGGAACAUCGUGGGACUUGGAGUACAUGGAUGAGGGCUCAGGUGGACCGUCACUUUGUUGACUGA